UCUUCUUUGAUUACUUUCAUUCAUUCACUUUUUUUUUUUUAUUUGAUCCAAUAUGACGUCUUAUUAUGAUGAGAUCGAAAUUGAAGACAUGGAUUUCAAUGAAGACGAUCAAGUAUAUACAUAUCCUUGCCCUUGUGGUGACAAGUUCGAAAUCUUUGUGGAUGACUUACGAGAUGGUGAAGAUGUUGCUCGUUGUCCCUCUUGUUCGCUGAUCAUUCGGGUCAUUUACGAUCCUGAUGAAUUCGCUGAUGAAGACGAUGAAGAUACAACUUUCCAAGUGGAAUCCAAUACCAUUACUGUUGCCUAAACACUAACCCAGUUUCCCAACCAUCUUUUUUUUUCUUUUCUCUUUUUAUAUUCAUACACAUCCUGCAUAUAUCAAACAUCCCUCACAUCUUAUUUGUAUUAUACAUAUUUUUUUUUGACCUUAAACAACUCAAAUAAAAUCA